AUGGGCGCAGGCGCAUAUCUCGAACCACUAGCCGUGGUCGUCCUACUCUUCGGCGGAGCAUGGAUCAAUCGUGCCACCGACUUCCCUGUUUCUUCGACUAAACCGGAAGACGAUGAGCCUCUCCUUGCCGCUCAUGCCGUACACACUGAAGAAGACUUAAACCUCGCCGAGGCUCAACUCAACAAGUCCAAACGAUCUUUAUCUCCUUCACUGCUUCCCUCGCAGGAAACGAGAUGGCACGAACGAGAGCUCCGGAUUAUGGGCUACAGGAAAUUGGUUGAGACACCGAACACCGCAGUCUUUCGGAAUCGUGCUCUUAGUCGACUCCUUCACAAGUUUCCAUUCCUCGUUGAAGCUUGGUAUUGGGCAUUGAUAUACUGGGUCUAUCAACUUGGUCGGGCAUUUACUGCCGUGACUAUCGUUGAGGGCACCAUCCACGUAGCCCGCCGCCACGCCCUCCAAGUUGUAGAGAUCGAGAAGAGUUUGCACAUAUUUUGGGAAAUUCCUAUCCAGGAGUUCUUCAUGGGCUAUCCCCGCCUGAUGACCUACAUCAAUUGGCUAUACUCCUUCAUUCAUAUUCCCGGCACCAUCGCGUUUCUCGUCUGGCUAUAUUACUACACUAUCACGAGCAAUCGCCCCCUUCAGAGACGCCCAGACAGACUGCAAGAGAAUAAUCACCCAAAUUUCCAAGCUGGGCCUGCAUUAUAUGAAGCGCGGAGACGGACCAUGGCCGUGUGCAAUCUACUUGCAUUCGUGGUCUUUACGCUUUGGCCGUGCAUGCCACCAAGGCUCCUCAGUGAUCCUGAUUAUAACGGUGCAGACGCCGAACAGGCCAAGAGCUAUGGUUUCGUGGACACUGUGCAUAGCAAAGAAGGGGCAAGCAGCGUCUGGACCCAGAAUCGGUUCUGCAAUCAAUAUGCUGCAAUGCCAUCGCUCCAUUUCGGCUACUCCUUGCUAGUCGGCCUGACCAUAAUGAGCAUCCCGCUUGCGCCCGAACACCGUCGCAGCAGAUCUGUCCAUCUACCCAUCUUCAACAAUUCACACCCCGAUCUCGCACCACAGAUCCGGCUCCCCAGCUCGAGAAGACUGCUCUGCCUCGCACUCGGCUUUGCUUACCCAUUUGCAAUCCUCGUUGCGAUCGUAAGUACGGCCAAUCACUUUAUUCUGGAUGCAGUGGCGGGUGCUUUGGUCUGCGCCCUUGGGUGGAAGAGUAAUGCUAUCCUGCUCAACUUGCUAGUCCUAGAAGACUGGUUCCUCUGGAUGGUCCGAAUCCACAAACCCGUGCAGACAUCAUUGGAGGAAAGGGGGUUCUCGAAAGGCACUGCCGGCCCAGGUGUCAAGAAGGGCUGGAACCCGCAAUACCCCGUUGGUAACAACAAAUGA